AUGCCGUUGCAGAUGUGGUCCCGAGAAGGGGCGCAGGAGGUGCUCGGCAGCCAGGUCCUCGUCGACCGCCUUGACAGUCGCACCUACGCCCAAGAGACGACGGAGCUCUUCAGCUGCUGGGUGUGGUGCCGCAACCUCGACCGCAUCCCUAGUAGCCAUGGUUUCUCUGUGUUUCCGCAGGACGCCGGCCGUGUCGUCGAGAUGAACGGGUACUCUCCGCCACGCCGGGAAGUGGCGCCACCGCCGGAGUGCCUGCGCUACGACUCGCUCAUCCACAUCGAUCUCGUCGAAGACUGGACGGUGCGUGAGACGCGCACACCUUCCUCGGGCCAGAGCGGGGUUCCCUCCUCGAGCUCGUCGGAGGAGCCGCCGUAUCCUGCGGUUCAGCCUUUCACCUGGCGCUUCGGGGUCCCAGAUGGCGAGGACCGGAGCUACGGUGGUCGUCGGCUGGACGGCUGCCGCAACAUCCCCAGCUACCACCGCCGCGACGACGACGGCGGCUCUUCAGGGGGCCGGCGCAACUGGCGCGACGUCGCUGCAGCCCCUGCCCGCCACGGGGCCCCUUCGUCGGCUCCUUCGGGACGCGAUGGGGUUCGCCAACGUAGCCGCUCGCCGCCUGGACAGCGUCAACGCGCUGCCUCCCUUCCUCCCUCGUCCGCACCAGAGCCGGCCACCUCCCACGAGGUCCUUCCGCCUCCGCCGCCCCUGCCUGCGUCAGGCCCUCGCCCGCAGCGUCUUGCCGAGGCUGCGGCCCGUUCCGCGCCCUCGCCGAUGGUCGCGUCUCCGCCAGUCGCGCCCUCCGUGGCCUUCGCCGACCCUCUGGCUGAUCUGGCUGCGGCGGGACACGCCGAUGCCAUGGCUUGGGCUCCAGAGGGCACGGACCCGAUGUGCCUUGAGCUUGAAGCGGCCUGCGCAGCAUCGCUCUCCCAGCCGCUCGUCUUUCAGGGCGGCUCUGCGAGCAUCGCUGACUUGCCAAUGGUGCCACACCCCUGGGCGGCAUCUGACUUCGGCACGCCUUUCAGCCCUGGGCCAGAGCUGGUCUCCGACGUCGUCGCCCAGGUCGACGAGAUGAAUCUCCUUGGCGAGCAAGCUUCGGAAACCCCUGCCUCGACGGAGCCUCCGGAAGACUUUCUGCAGAUGCUCUUCAAGGCGCCGCCAGCCGCGAUCCUUGGCUCCUCACCUCUGAGGCCUGCCGACGCACCACCGCCGCCGGUCAGCACCAACAACAACAAGCGCAGCCAACGUCAGUCCUCUGCUAGCUCCAUUCCGGUGGCCCAGCGCGCCAUCCUUAGGCUCGCUAAGGAGAUGAAGGUUGUCAGCGGCGAGGAGCGCCGCGUGGAGAACGCGGCCGCCGGCCUGGCCGGGCGCUUCAAGGAGCCGCUCUCCGACGUCGACAUCGAUGGCCUCGCGACCCUGACCCGCGUCGACAGGGACGCCCUUCACCGCGCAGCUCAGAAAUCAGCCACAACCAGAGCCGCCGCUUUGGCGAACUAG